AUGAAAGGUGAAGCCAGUGUAAAGGAUGAAGACGUUCAAUGGGUCAUCACAGUUCCAGCUAUAUGGUCAGAAACAGCAAAGCAGUUUAUGAGGAAAUGUGCAAAUGUGGCUGGAAUAACUGACAAUCACUUGAUAAUUGCUUUAGAACCGGAAGCUGCGUCAAUUUACUGUCAGUAUGUAAAAACAAGAGGAACUGAUGAUACUUUCAAAGUGUCAAAACCUGGAACUCAGUACAUGGUUGUAGAUCUUGGAGGUGGAACUGUGGAUAUAACGGUACAUGAAAAAUUGAGCAACGGUCACUUGAAGGAAAUUCACAUCGCAAGUGGUGAUGAAUGCGGUGGAAAUUCACUAAAUCAAAGUCUAGUUCAGGAAAUGAUUCGCAAUUUUGGUGGACCUUUUAUCAAAGAAAUUGAGAAAAACUAUCCGAAAGUGUAUUUUGAUGUCCAUAGAGAAUUUGAAGCUGCUAAGAAAGCAUUUGAUCUAGAUUCAGAUGACAUGUCGAUAAGUUUGCCAACAAUCUUUAUCGAAGCUUUGUGCAAAGCAAUGCAUUUAGAAAGUUUACAACAAAUAUUAAAUCAAGGUCCACAUAUAGGCGGAUUACAUUUAUCGGCUGGGAACUUCCUUCAUAUAAGUUCUGAAUUAGUGAAGGAGAAACUGUUUGACCCAACGGUUGAAAAAAAUGAACAAUUAGUCUCGACAGUAAUAUCAAGCACAAAUAAUGCUAACAUAACUAAAAUUCUUUUAGUUGGUGGACUAGCAGAAUCAAAGUAUAUACAGGAUUUUUUUCGUUCAAAAUUUCCUCUUCAGACUGUUAUCAUUCCGAGAGAAACAGAUUUAUGUGUAGUCAAAGGAGCGGUUAUGUUUGGACAUACACCAACACGGAUUUCACAUCGCGUUUCAAGGUAUACCUAUGGAUCAAACUUUUCGCCUACAUUUGACAAUUCAGUCCAUGAUGAAAAAAGAAAAAGAGUUAUUGACGGAGUAGAUAGGUGUAUUGGUGUAUUUGAUAUAUUCUUCAAAAUGGGAACUGUUAUAGAAAUUGAUACAAAUGUCAAGCGGACAUAUGUAACAGUUGACAAAUUUCAAAAGAGCCUUGAUUUGUCUUUGUUUGCUUCAACAAAGGAAAACCCGACUUAUACAAACGAAGAAGGUUGUACUAAAAUAGGAGAUUAUGUUUUAGUUCUGCGGAACCCGACUGAGGAACUAAAACGAAUAGAAGUGAACAUUGUAUUUGGAAACACUGAGAUAUCAGUACAUGCGCAUGAUGCAUCAGGGAAACUCUGUGGCAUAUCUUUUCACUACCAUGACAAUAUUCCAUAA